UUCAGUUACGUUUCGACGGCCAACGCGUCGAGUGCUCCGCUCCGAAUUCCAAAAUCCAGCCACAAUUCCCACAGAACGCUCUCUCGCGCUCUCUUCACUGUCUGUGUUAACGGUCGUGGCGCGUCGUGUGCGUGUGUGUUAGUGUGCCAGUUAAACAAUGGGAAAUUGAUAAUUCACACACCCAAACAGCUACAAACAAACACCUGAAGUGUUAACCAAAAAUUUAAUUAAUUGUGCAAUCACUGGCGCCGAAACAAUCUACAAUUUUUUAAUAAUUUUUUUUUGUGUGCAACCGUAAACAAACCAAAGAAGUUACAGACGAGAGCAAUCAAUUUGCGAGCGGGGAAAACUACUACUGCUACAAAAAGCAAAAAAAAAAAAAAAGCGAUAAAAUGGGUGAACUGCGAAAAUCGCUGCCGCUGCCUUCAUUCGGCGUCUUUAUAGCCCUGCUCCUCUGCUGCUGCUCUUUAAUAGAACUGAGCCAAGCGCAGCAGCCACCCAUCCUGGAGAUUUUUCCAAAACAGGAGGUCCAGCGCAAACCAGUUGGCAAGUCAUUGAUCCUCACCUGCCGUCCCACAGUUCCCGAAACGGCCCUGGUCGCCGAUCUGCAAUGGAAGGAUAAUUUCAACAACACCAUCCUGCCCAAGCCGAAUUACUAUCCACUGUAUGAUUCCAAGGGCAAUAGAAAGAAACUGAAUGGACGCAGCCAACCGCCGAUGUACACGGAAACGCUGCCCGGCGAAAGUUUGGCCCUGAUGAUUACCUCGCUGUCGGUGGAAAUGGGCGGCAGAUACUACUGCACCGCCUCCUAUGCAAAUACCGAGAUCCUCGAGAAGGGCGUCACAAUUAAAACUUACGUGGCCAUUACCUGGACAAAUGCCCCCGAGAAUCAGUAUCCCACUUUGGGCCAGGACUAUGUGGUGAUGUGUGAAGUGAAGGCCGAUCCCAAUCCGACCAUCGACUGGCUGCGCAACGGCGAUCCGAUCCGCACCACCAACGAGAAGUAUGUGGUGCAAACCAACGGCCUGCUCAUCCGCAAUGUACAGGAGAGUGACGAGGGCAUCUACACCUGCCGUGCGGCCGUAAUCGAGACAGGAGAACUGCUGGAGCGCACCAUUCGCGUGGAGGUCUUCAUUCAGCCGGUGAUCGUGUCGCUGCCCGCCAGUCUGGAGGCUAUCGAGGGCAAACCCUUUGCCGCCAAUUGCACGGCGACGGGCAAACCAGUGCCGGAGAUCAGUUGGAUUCGCGAUGCCACCCAAUUGAAUGUGGCCACCGCCGAUCGUUUCCAGGUGAAUCCCCAAACGGGCCUCGUCACCAUUAGCUCUGUCAGCCAGGAAGACUACGGCACCUACACAUGUCUGGCGAAGAAUAAGGCGGGUGUGGUCGAUCAGAAGACCAAGCUGAAUGUCCUGGUGCGUCCGCAGAUCUACGAGUUGUAUAAUGUGACUGGCUCGAGGAACAAAGAGAUUGCCAUCACGUGCCGCGCCCGGGGACGUCCUGCACCCGAGAUCACCUUCCGUCGCUGGGGAGCCGAUGUGGAAUUCACGAAUGGCCGCCAGGAGGACGAUCCUCGCAUCACCUUGGAGCGCAAUUUCGACGAGGAGCAUGGCGACAGUGCCGGCACCCUGCGCAUCGCCAAUGCCGAGCGAUCCGACGAUGGACUGUACCAGUGCAUUGCAAGGAAUACGGGUGACAAUGCCUUCAAGACCGGACACAUCACGGUGGAGUUUGCCCCCGACUUUAGCCACAUGAAGGAUCUGCCGCCAGUUUUCUCGUGGGAACAGCGCAAGGCGAAUCUCAGCUGCCUGGCCAUGGGCAUACCGAAUGCCACCAUCGAAUGGCACUGGAAUGGUCGCAAGAUCAAGGAUCUGUACGACACCAACCUAAAGAUUGUGGGCACUGGACCGCGUAGCGAUUUGAUUGUACAUCCGGUCACCAGGCAGUAUUAUUCCGGUUACAAGUGCAUUGCCACCAAUAUCCAUGGAUCCGCCGAGCAUGAUAUGCAGCUUAAGGAGGCCCGAGUGCCCGAUUUCGUUUCGGAAGCGAAGCCCAGUCAGUUAACCGCCACCACAAUGACCUUCGACAUUCGCGGACCGCCAACCGAAUUGGGCCUGCCCAUUCUGGCCUUCAGUGUGCAAUACAAAGAGGCCAUGAAUCCGGACUGGUCGUCGGCCUACAAUCGCAGUUGGUCACCGGACUCACCGUACAUCGUCGAGGGAUUGCGACCACAGACGGAGUACAGUUUCCGCUUUGCCGCCCGCAAUCAGGUGGGCUUGGGCAAUUGGGGCGUCAACCAGCAGCAGUCCACACCGCGUCGAUCGGCUCCCGAGGAACCGAAGCCACUGCACAAUCCCGUCCAGCACGACAAGGAGGAGCCGGUGGUGGUCUCGCCCUACUCCGAUCACUUCGAGCUGCGCUGGGGUGUGCCCGCCGACAAUGGAGAGCCCAUCGACAAGUACCAGAUCAAAUACUGCCCGGGCGUCAAGAUCAGCGGCACAUGGACGGAAUUGGAGAAUUCUUGCAACAGUGUUGAGGUGGUCGAGACCACUUCCUACGAGAUGACCCAACUGGUGGGCAACACCUACUAUCGCAUCGAGCUGAAGGCGCACAAUGCCAUCGGCUACUCAUCGCCUGCAUCCAUUAUCAUGAAGACGACACGAGGAAUCGAUGUCAUCCAGGUGGCUGAGCGACAAGUGUUCUCAUCGGCGGCCAUCGUGGGCAUCGCUCUCGGCGGUGUCCUUCUGCUCCUGUUCGUGGUGGACCUGCUCUGCUGCAUCACAGUCCACAUGGGCGUCAUGGCCACCAUGUGCCGCAAGGCCAAGCGAUCGCCCUCGGAGAUCGACGACGAGGCCAAACUGGGCAGUCUUUACGGUUGGCGAUUUCCGCUACCUUAUUGCAGUGGCCAGCUGGUAAAGGAGCCACCACCAUCGCCGUUGCCACUGCCGCCGCCCGUCAAACUGGGCGGUUCGCCCAUGACAUCGCCAUUAGACGAAAAGGAGCCACUCCGCACGCCCACUGGCAGCAUUAAACAAAACUCGACCAUCGAGUUCGACGGCCGAUUCGUGCAUUCACGCAGUGGCGAGAUAAUCGGCAAGAAUUCAGCGGUGUAAGGUGUUUGUUCCCGAAACCAGGGAACUCGAGAAUCCAACCGCAAUGUGCACAAAAUUAGGAGGAGGGAAUAAUAUAAUAUAAUAUAAUAUGAUAUUAUAUUUACGAUGAUCUAGCGCGAACAAGCCAAAGCCAAAGCUGGGGGAAGAACACUUGAAUAUCGAUCGAUUGGCGCACUAAGUUGGUUUUAAUUUACUUUCGUACACAGCGUAAAACUUACUAAAUGUCUUACUAUAAAUACAUACGAUAUCUUAAAAGCAUCUAAAACAUAGAACAUUAAGCUCGAUAUAAAAAACCGGCAAGCAAACAAACAAAAAAGAUAGCAGAGAAAGAAUCAAGUCCAUGUCGCUUCAUUUUCUAGUUUAUACAAGUAUUUUAUAUCGCUGCAUUUGCUUUGUUUCUCCUUAGUCACAAAAAGAAAACAAGAAAUUACAAAUAACGAUGAACAAAAGCAGGAAGAGUAAAUAAAACAAAAGGAGAUGAUAAAGAAAGGACCUAGCAUAAGUAAAUAUAUAUGUAUGCAAGAAAGAAAUCUUAAAUUAAUGCCUUACAAACAAAAAAUACAUUUAUUUAGCAGUUAAAGCGAAAAGGAGGAUUUAUGCAUGUAAGCCGCAAGGAAUGAGAACGAUUUCUUUAGUAUAACUAACUUAAACAUGCCAUAAAUAAGUUUAAACAUUAAGUUUGCCCCCUGAUCAUCACCCCCACCAAUUCGUAGUACUUAAAACGCUGAACAAAAGACUUGCAAGCAUUUCUUUCCACAAAAAGCAACCAUGACAUUAAAACGGAAAUAUGAGAUCAGAGGAAGAAAAACAAGAGAAGGAACUCGAAUAUAAAGUUGAUGCAGAAAUCCUUCGUUUCCUGAUGCUAAUUCGUAUACUUAACCACCAGAAAGUUUAUGCCACGGCGGCACUUAAUGAAAAAUGCUCAAUGUACAUUAAUGUUGACGAAAUUGAAAGUUUGAUAAUAUUUACAAACUGCUUAGAUGCUUGAAAAACAUAUGGAAGUCAUCGUUUCCGGUUCAUCCCACACAAGUUCAAACAUGCUGAGUAAAUCGAAAGUAACCCAAAUUGAUUGCUAAGUUGUAGAGAAAAACGGAUAACUACGAGAAUGCCAAACAACACAGAACUCACUUAUCUUUCAUCCCACUUCCAUCAAACAACUGCAAAUCGCUCAGUUUGUGUUAAAAGUAUUUUCUUAUGUAUGUAAAAAUUAAACAAAUUGUAGUUAAGAGAUCUAAAACGCAUUAAUCUAAAGGAUAUAUACAUCUAAAAUAUAUAUAUGUAUGUACAUGUAUUUAAAGUUAUUCGUAAGUUUUUUUUUCUACACGAAACAAAUA